AUGGUGUCAAAGAUCACUGCCAUGGAACAGUUGUACACGCUGGGAGCUCUGGAUGACGAGGGGCUGCUCACUCGCCUGGGCCGCAGCAUGGCGGAGUUCCCUCUGGAGCCCAUGCUCUGUAAAAUGCUCAUCAUGUCGGUGCAUCUGGGAUGCAGUGAGGAAAUGCUGACCAUCGUGUCUAUGCUGUCUGUGCAGAAUGUCUUCUACAGGCCCAAGGAUAAACAAGCCCUUGCAGAUCAGAAGAAGGCCAAAUUCCACCAGACUGAGGGGGACCACCUCACGCUGCUGGCCGUGUACAACUCCUGGAAGAACAACAAGUUCUCCAAUCCAUGGUGCUAUGAGAACUUCAUCCAGGCUCGUUCCCUGCGCCGGGCCCAGGACAUCCGCAAGCAGAUGUUGGGUAUCAUGGACAGACACAAGCUGGAUGUGGUCUCAUGUGGCAAGUCCACAGCCCGCGUGCAGAAGGCCAUCUGCAGUGGGUUCUUCAGGAAUGCUGCCAAGAAAGACCCACAGGAGGGUUACCGGACGCUGAUUGACCAGCACGUGGUCUACAUCCACCCUUCCAGUGCGCUCUUCAACAGACAGCCUGAAUGGGUGGUGUACCACGAGCUGGUGCUGACCACGAAGGAGUACAUGCGUGAGGUCACCACCAUCGAUCCCCUGUGGCUUGUGGAGUUUGCCCCCGCCUUCUUCAAGGUUUCUGACCCGACCAAGCUAAGCAAGCAGAAGAAACAGCAGCGUCUGGAGCCCCUGUACAACCGCUAUGAGGAGCCCAACGCCUGGAGAAUAUCCCGUGCCUUCAGGCGACGCUGA